GACGGGCGGCUGCAGGUCGGGGACCAGCUGGUGUCCAUCAACAAAGAGUCUCUGAUCGGUGUGACAAACGAGGAGGCCAGGAGCAUCCUGACCCGCACCAAACUCAGACCGGACCCCACGGUGGAAAUUGCCUUCAUCAGACGGAGGUCUUCCUCCAGCUCCAGCAGCGGCUCCCACAGCCCGGUCUGUCUGCAGGGCUGUGGAGGGGGGCCGCAGGCGAGGGGCCCCGGGCUGAACCCCCCUCCACAGCCGGCCGUGGUGACGAAGAUCACAUCGAGCAGAAACCCCACAUGUGAGACGCUGCCGCCCGUCAACGUCACGCAG